UCAGCACACAGGUAAGGAUCUCCUUCAGUUGAAGAAGAGCUCCGAGGACGAUGCCUUGAGGAUGAAUCCGCAGGGUUCAAGGGAUGGACCGGUUACCAGGACAGGUCUUUCAGGUAUCAGGAUUGUAGAAGAAGAUGAUGUUGGUUCUUCACGGAGACCUCUGAAGCGAAUGAGCUCACCGGAGAGAUGGGAAGCAAAACAGUUGAUUGCUUCAGGUGUGAUGAGUGUUUCAGAGUAUCCAACUUAAGACGAGGAGGGAGAUGGAUUGCUGUACCAAGAGGAAGGAGCUGAGGAGGAGCUUGAGAUUGAGUUGAAUGAGGAUGAACCCGCAUUCUUGCAAGGGCAGAGCAGAUACUCGAUGGAUAUGUCUCCUGUUAAGAUUUUUAAGAAUCUGAAGGUUCUCUGGGUCGAGCUGCUGCACUUCAGUCUGCACUUAUAAAGGAGCGUAAGGAAGUGCGAGAAGAGCAACAACGGACAAUGCUUGAUACAAUUCCGAAGGAUCUCAAUCGGCCUUGGGAAGACCCUAUGCCAGAGUCAGGUGAAAGGCAUCUUGCCCAGGAGCUUAGGGGUGUUGGUUUAUCAGCCUAUGAUAUGCCAGAAUGGAAGAAGGAUGCAUAUGGGAAAACAAUUACCUUUGGGCAAAGGUCGAAGCUUUCUAUUCAAGAGCAGAGGCAGAGUUUGCCAAUUUACAAGUUAAAAAAAGAAUUGAUUCAGGCUGUGNAUGAUAAUCAGGUGUUGGUUGUUAUUGGAGAAACUGGUUCGGGUAAGACUACUCAGGUCACACAGUAUCUUGCCGAAGCAGGUUAUACCACAAAAGGAAAAAUUGGAUGUACUCAACCUCGUAGGGUGGCUGCAAUGUCAGUUGCAAAGAGAGUAGCAGAAGAGUUUGGUUGUAGAUUGGGAGAAGAAGUUGGUUAUGCCAUUCGGUUUGAGGAUUGCACUGGACCAGAUACUGUUAUCAAGUACAUGACAGAUGGUAUGCUUCUUAGGGAAAUAUUGGUAGAUGAGAAUCUGUCACAGUAUUCUGUUAUAAUGCUUGACGAAGCCCAUGAAAGAACUAUUCAUACUGAUGUUCUUUUUGGACUGCUCAAGCAGCUAGUGAAGCGAAGACCCAAAUUGCGAUUGAUUGUCACUUCUGCUACUCUGGACGCCGAGAAAUUUUCAGGAUAUUUCUUUAACUGUAACAUCUUUACAAUUCCUGGUAGAACUUUUCCUGUAGAGAUACUUUAUACCAAACAGCCGGAAAGUGAUUAUUUAGAUGCAUCUUUAAUAACUGUCCUACAGAUACACUUGACAGAGCCCGAGGGAGACAUUCUUCUCUUUUUGACUGGGCAAGAGAAGAUUGAUUUUGCUUGCCAAUCUCUAUACGAGAGAAUGAAGGGAUUAGGUAAGAAUGUUCCAGAGCUGAUCAUUUUACCGGUUUAUAGUGCCCUUCCUAGUGAAAUGCAGUCUAGGAUAUUUGAACCUGCUCCUCCAGGGAAAAGGAAAGUGGUCGUGGCUACUAACAUUGCCGAGGCUUCUUUGACUAUUGAUGGGAUAUUUUAUGUAAUUGAUCCUGGAUUUGCUAAGCAAAAUGUUUAUAACCCAAAGCUAGGUCUUGAUUCUUUGGUAAUAACUCCAAUUUCACAAGCAUCAGCCAAACAAAGAGCUGGACGUGCAGGGCGUACUCGACCUGGGAAGUGUUAUCGCCUUUACACUGAGAGUGCAUACAGGAAUGAGAUGUCUCCCACUACAAUUCCUGAGAUUCAAAGGAUAAAUCUGGGGAUGACUACACUUAAUAUGAAAGCAAUGGGGAUAAAUGAUCUACUGUCCUUUGAUUUUAUGGAUCCACCAUCACCUCAAGCACUGAUUUCUGCCAUGGAGCAGCUUUACAGUCUAGGAGCAUUGGAUGAAGAGGGCCUUCUGACCAAAUUGGGGAGGAAAAUGGCAGAAUUUCCUUNGGAUCCACCUUUGUCCAAGAUGUUGCUUGCCAGCGUCGACCUUGGAUGCAGUGAUGAGAUUUUAACCAUAAUUGCCAUGAUCCAGACUGGUAAUAUUUUUUACAGGCCAAGGGAAAAGCAAGCCCAAGCAGAUCAGAAGAGGGCAAAGUUUUUCCAGCCAGAGGGUGAUCAUCUGACACUACUUGCUGUUUAUGAGGCUUGGAAAGCCAAGAAUUUUUCUGGGCCCUGCUGUUUUGAGAAUUUUGUGCAAUCUAGAUCGUUGAGAAGAGCACAGGAUGUCAGGAAACAACUUCUCACCAUUAUGGAUAAGUACAAAUUGGAUGUUGUAAGUGCUGGAAGAAACUUCACCAAAGUAAGGAAGACUAUCACUGCUGGUUUCUUUUUUCACGCUGCCAGAAAGGAUCCCCAGGAAGGAUACAGAACUCUAGUUGAGAACCAACCUGUGUAUAUCCAUCCAAGUUCUGCUUUGUUCCAGAGGCAGCUAGACUGGGUCAUAUAUCAUGAGCUUGUGAUGACAACUAAGGAGUAUAUGCGUGAGGUGACUGUCAUAGACCCCAAAUGGCUUGUUGAACUGGCUCCAAGAUUUUUCAAAGUAGCAGAUCCUACAAAGAUGAGCAAGCGGAAGCGUCAAGAGCGAAUUGAGCCACUUUAUGAUAGAUACCACGAGCCAAAUUCAUGGCGUUUGAGUAAACGUCGUGCAUGAUAUGUAAUUCAUCCAUUUCUUUUCAAUGCAAUGUUUUGGAUACUGUCUUAUGUUGCAUUUAAGUUUAAAUGUCUAUUUUCUCCUUACAAGAUUAUUUAAAUGGAAAUUUAGACAUAUUUUCAUUUUUAUUUCUUAGGAAGGCUAAAAUUUUAAGAAUUCUAGGUUCUUGGUAGGAGUGUAUAGUCCUAAUCACUAACUUCUGUAUAUAUUUACUUUUCCAAGAUAUUACUGACAAUAUACAAUGUA